UCCCAUUCUCCAAGGAGGGACAGUUGCUUUCCUGGUACCCUCUCUGUCCAUGCUCUCCCUUCCCGCCUGGAAGUGCCCCGAGUGGACACUCAAUGCCAGCCUUGUGAACACCAGCUCUCCUGAAUUCACUGAGGAGUGGCAGAAGAGGAUCCGAGAGUUGCAGGGUGCCAUCAUGGUUGCUUCCUGUGUCCAGAUGCUCGUGGGCUUCUCAGGCCUCAUGGGCUUUCUCAUGCGCUUCAUCGGCCCCUUGACCAUUACUCCGACCAUCUCCCUGGUGGCCCUGCCUCUCUUCGAUUCUGUGGGCAGUAACGCUGGGAUCCACUGGGGGAUUUCUGCCAUGACCAUCUUUCUCAUCGUGCUGUUUUCUCAGUACCUGAAAAAUGUUGCGGUGCCCGUGCCUGUUUGUGGAGGAGAGAAGAAGUGUCACAUCUCCAAAUUGUACCUGUUCCAGGUCUUCCCUGUGCUGCUGGCCCUCUCCAUCUCGUGGCUCCUCUGCUUCCUGCUGACUGUCACCAAUGCCCUCCCUUCAGCCCCUACAGCCUAUGGGCACCUGGCCCGCACUGACACCAAGAGCAGCAUCCUGAGCCAGGCGCCCUGGUUUCGCUUCCCUUACCCAGGCCAGUGGGGCCUCCCCACCAUCAGCCUGGCUGGGGUCUUUGGGAUCAUCGCAGGGGUGAUCUCUUCCAUGGUGGAAUCGGUAGGUGAUUAUCAUGCCUGUGCCAGGAUGGUGGGGGCCCCACCCCCUCCGAAGCAUGCCAUCAACCGCGGCAUUGGCAUCGAGGGUCUUGGCUGCCUGCUGGCAGGUGCCUGGGGGACAGGCAAUGGCACCACCUCCUUCAGCCAGAACAUUGGGGCGCUGGGCAUCACCAGGUUCUGCACGUCCUCCUGCCCCACCCGGAGCCUCCCCUUCUGGCCCAGGCUGGAACACAGUGGCAAAGGCACGGUGGGUGUGAGCCAGCUCCCCAUCUGCUCCCAAGCUUGCUCAGGAGAGCUCCUGCAGGGCGCCACAGAAACCAGGAUGUGA